GCGAAGCCGCGGCAAGAGUACAUCAGCCGCAAGCGCGAGGAGUUUGCUGUCGCGGGCAGCCAGACGGCGACGCAUGCCUUCGGGACACCCUACCUUCGCAGCUGCUCACUCGACGCCGUCCUGUCGUGGAUAGCAUUCCUCUUCAUCUGCUGGCCCAUCGGGGUCGUGCUCGUGCUGUCCGGCUGCUGCGGCCCGCUGCUGUUCCAGAGGUUCGCCAUGUGGUGCCUGACCGGCCCGCUCCGCAACUCGCUGCUUGGUGUGCUGCUGAUGCGGAUCCCGUCGCUGACCUAUGACCUGGCGAUGAACGGGUACCAGUUCCUCUUCCAGGGGUUUGAGCAGCGCAUGUGGACCGACACGCUGCUGCCGGCCAGGCGCGAGUACCUCGACGCCAACUUUGGGCGCAACCUCCUGCUCUGGGACACAGUUCGCAUCGGCGACUACGGCCUCGCUCGCGAGAUAGCGCUCGACCCGCACCGCAAGCGCGCCGGCUGCCUCGACGGCUGGCUGAUCAAGGGGGCGACGCUGCCGCAGGCGACCAACCUGCCGCUCUUUUUCCACACCGGCGCCGAGUACCACACCGCCUGGCGCAAAGCCUUCCGCGAGCACAUCACGGGCGCGCCGUCGGUGGUCGCCAAGCUCAAGGACGGCGGCAGAGCUGCGCGCGAGGAGGCGAGGCCGCACUUGGACGCGUGGCUGGCGUCGGGGUGGGGGGGGAUCCAGCCGCCCGCGGCACUUGGCUCGCGGUGGAUGGCGCAGCCCGUCUUCGAGACGCUCGCCUCGCUGCUGCUCGACGUGCGACCGACCGCGCUCGAGGGGGAGGCGAAGGAGGCGUGGGACGACCUCGUCACAAAGGUCGCCAUCUACACGACCGUCGGCGCGCUGUACUGGCUCUUGCCGCCCUCGUACCCGCCGCUGCUGCAGACGGCGGGCACGCUCGCCCCCUCCGCCCUCAAGCGCUUCCUCUACCUGCACUGCAACAGCGCCAGGCCAGCGGCCCUCGCCGGCCGGCCGGUCGACUGGCGUGCCUUCGCCGACGCGGUGCCGGGCGUCGAGUCGGUGACAGCCGACGUGAACGGGGUGCGCCCUUCCGGCUCCGGAGCGAGCUGCUGCGAGGCGACGUGCAGCUCCUGCCUCGGCAGCUCGGACGUGCCUUCGCGGGAGGAGCCAAAGGUGGACAAGCUGCUCGACUCGGUCUGCAUGGCGCUGUUGCUCGCGGCGGCGGCAGGCACCACCUCUGGCUGCUCCAACACCCUCGCCAAGCUGCUCCGCUUCCCGCGCGGCGUCUUCCCAAAGGCGCUCGGAAACAGCCCGCAGUGGACGGAGGACGCCGACGAGAUGGCGGCCCUCUUCCGCGCUUGCCCGACCGACUUCGUCAUCGAGGCCCUCCGCCUCGCCUGCCCCGUCGCCGGCUCGCACAAGGUGCUCGACAAGCGGAUGCAGUGCCCCUUCCUCGACGGCACGGUCACGCUGCCGGCGGAGAGCAUCGUCGUCGCGAACUACAACACCGCGCACCUCGACCCCAAGGAGUGGGGCGACGACGCGAUGGCCUUCGCGCCCGGCCGCGCGGACCACGACCGCUACCUGGUGUGGAACGGGCCCUUUGGGCGGGGGUGGGAGAACGAGCAGCCCCCCGCGCCGCGGCAGUGCCCGGGCGAGGAGCACGCCGUCGCCGUCAUCUCGAUCGUGGUGGGUGCCUUCCUCGACUACCACAAGCCGGCCGGAGGCGGGCCGCCCAAGAACACGCGCACCGCCGGCGACGCGGAGGCGACGAGCGAGCCGCGGGCGGCGCUGCGCGAGGAUGCGGAGCUGGCAGAGGCGCUGCGCCGGUCAGAGGUGGAUGCGGAGGAGGAGGCUCUGGCGCGUCGGGUGUCGCGGUGCGAGGAGGCGGUGAGCAGCGAGUCGACCGGCGGCGGGGACCUGAUGCGGCGUGUCGAGCGGCUGGAGGCGAGCCUUGGCGUGGCGACCGGGGGUAGUCUCGAGGAGCGAGUCAGCGCCAUCGAGCGCUUGAUCGGGCCAGAGGCGUCAGAGGCGGCGGAGCAACAUCUGAAGCCACUUGUGCGUGUGCGGAUUUCAGCAUUUCACGCGCGCUUCACGCCGAUCCCGUUUUGA